AUGGCAUUGUUAGCUGUCAUAUUGAUAUAUUUGUUAAUUGACAAGGGAUUUGGCCAUUACAGUAGCCAUAUUGAACAUGUGCCAACAAUUAGUGAUUUGGAUGGUUUAGUAAUUGCUGUAAAAACGACAUUAAAAUUUCAUGAGAGUCGUAUACGUGACAUAAUUGAUACAUGGUUUCAAUUAGCACCAAAUAAUAUAUAUUUUGUAACUGAUACACCAGAUGCAAAAUUAAACGAGAUAACUGGUGGAAAACUAAUUGUGAGUGAUUGUAGCAACGGACAUACCAGGUAA